CCUCAGGGGCUCCAGCCACCCAAAUCUCCCCGACGCGGCGGGUCCCUCCUAUCCGGCGACAGACAGCGGGGGUCGGCAGUGACUCACCGGAGGGCCAGCGGCCGGAAUACGCUCACUUCCUCUCCGCGCGCACCUGCCGGGCCCCGCUGGAGCGCCGCCCGGCCGGGCCUCCGGCGGAUGUUUUUUCUGUCCCCGCGCUCGCAGGCAGUGCGCGCCAACCACAGCCUCCCGGCCGCUCCCCGCGCCCCCCGCAACUGGCACCCCCAACCACCGCUGCCCCAGGAAUCACAAAAUUGGACCCUAAACACUGACAUCCCCAACAGACAAGCGCGCACACACAGAGCAACCACAAGCGUGGCCUCCAGCCCCGCGCAGCUACAGAAACGCACACUUGAGCACACCCACCAGCUGGAAUGCAAGUGGGUUCAACCAACACCUUCCAGACACCCACAGCCCCAUAACUUCUGAGAGAGGGAUCCUGGCUCAGCCCCAGCCUUUCUUUCCAGAAGCCCCUACUCCUGCCCAUAAGCCUACCUUCUCUUCGUUACAGGCAGCUCUCACUUCUGUCCCCAUUACCUCACACACCAAUCCCCAUUGGGCCCCCUUUGCCUUCCAGCAUCAUCACCACCUUCAAGCUUCCUAGCUUCCCAGUCGUGUCUGCCCCCUACUGGGUUGGUUCCAGGUUGCAGGAGCAAAAGACUGGUCCAGACUUCCAGGGUGUCAGCUUGUCCCCCUUCCCCAGAAAGGCAGCGGCAGAGCUAUUGACCACUGACAAGACUUCUGGGCCCUUGUGCUAGAAAGCCUUCUCAUCCAUCUCCUGCAGCAAAGAGAGCAGUCCAGGGCCAUGCCUCCCACAUGCCAGCCUACAUCAGAGCACCCUGCUUCAACCACUGAGUCUUCUUUUUUCUCUUACUACUCCUCUGAAAUAGAAAGGUAUCAGACCUGACUAGGGUGAACAUGUGGUACAACUGGCAUCUCCAUCCACUUAAGCUAUCUACUUGGAAGAGGACAGACAGGGAAUCUGAGGUGGAUGGAUGAAGUUGUGUUUCUGAAUGGUGAAGAGGUCAGGCAGGGUGGCCCUCUAAAAAGGUCAGCCAGAAGUAUUCUUAUCUGAUCUACUGGGUGACAGGGAAUGGGAGUUUUGCAGUAAAAGGGACUGGAGACUCAGAAGGAAAAAUAGAAUGUCAAAGUGAUUAGCGUAGGAGGGGAAUCUCAGAUAGGGUCUUUGGAGUGUGGCAGACUGAGAGAGAGGGGCCAUUAGUAGCAAAGAGAUGGCCCCCAUUAGAGUGGUCAGAAAGAAGAACUUGAGAGUUCACAUGAGUGGGGAUGGGCAGCAAUGGAUCAGAAUCCUAACAUGAAAACUGGAGCCCCCAAGUUAGCUGGAAGGAUAAGAAAAGGACACCUCUUCCCAGGGCAGAAGUGAGGGGACUGAGCUAGGAAAAGUGGGUUUAUCAGCAACACUGUUUCUCAAACUGGAGGUGGUAAGGGUGACAUGGAACACAACUGCGAAAAGGGCAGAUGUCUGUGGCAGGAGACCGCAGCCCCUAACAGAAGCCCUCAGCUAUGCAGAGCUGCUCAAUGUGAUUUAAACAAAGGACUGUACCCAUUUUGUCUCUGAACUCUAGCACCAAUCACAGCAGCUACUAUUUUCUGGGGGCCAUGUGGCAGGGACAGUACUAAUACCAUUACAUGUAUUACCUCAUUGAAAGCUUCUUAACAACCCUAUGAGUUAGUAUUACUAUCCCAAUGUAAAGAUAAGGAAACAGGUUUUAGAGAGGUGAAGUAGUUUGCCCAAGGUCACAGUCUUAAGUAGAAACAGAAUCUGAAUCCAACUAGUCUGAUUCUAUAACCUAUGCUCUUAACCGCCCACCUUGGGAGUCUCUCGAACCUGAAGGAGGAUGUCAGAGGAUUCCUCAAUUCUCAUUCCAUAAUGUACAAGAGGAAAGCGGCAUACCUCUGUGAAAUGAGUGACGCAUAUCGCCUGGGUAUUUGAAGACGUUCCUCUUUGAAAGUACCACCCCCAGCUAUGGGAAGAUCGUGUAUCUACUGGGUGUUUGGAGGUACUGAACAAUGCAUCCUCAGGAUGCUUGUGGAAGAGACACCUGCCUCCCCAUUUCUGAGGGGCAGCCAUGUCUCUAGGAUACUUCUGGGAGAUUCUGCCGUAGGGUCUGAGAGAAAUAUUCUGCGCUCCAGGUGCCUGUUCACUCUCCUGGAGCCUCUGGCUGUUGCACCCUACUGCAGCUCCUUGGUUUGGCUGGGGCACAGGAUUAGCCAUCCCCAGGAAAUGCCUCCCUCCGGUCCAGGCAAGGAUCCCAGCACACACACCCCUGGAGUGUGUAUGUGUGUUGGGGGCAGGGUGGAAUGCUUCCUUCUCUCCAGGUCAGGGAAGAGAUGUGGGGACCACCUGGGGGCCCUCCCCCCUCCCACCUCCUUGCUGGGGAAAUGCCCAGUCCAGUGCCCCUUCCAUGGCCACCUCCCUCCCCCUAGCUGUGCCUGGGCAUGAAUCAGCUCUCACAGCUUGUUAAAGCUGGACCUCUUGUUUUCAUGCCCUCACCUCAGGAAACAGAAUUACAGCUUUUCCAGCUCUACUCAGCAGGGGGCCAGGGUCCUCACUUUAUAAACAUUCCCAAGCCUGUGAGAGCAGAGGGCACGGAGAUGGUGUGAGACAGAAGCCCAGGGGAGAAAGACAGAAACUAAGACCGAAGGAGAAAAAGAAAAGCCAGAGACAAGACCAGAAGAGAGGCCAAGAAGGGAUCGCGAGGGCUGUGCUACAGGAAUGACCCUAAGGAUGCUCUGGGCUGGACAGGCGAAGGGGGUCCUGGGAAGCCGGGGGAUCAUCUGCUUGGUGAUCUCUCUGCUCCUCCAGCAGCCAGGAGUCCACAGCAAGUGCUACUUUCAAGCUCAAGCCCCCUGCCACUAUGAAGGGAAAUAUUUUACCCUGGGUGAGUCUUGGCUCCGCAAGGACUGUUUCCAUUGUACCUGUCUGCAUCCCGUCGGUGUGGGCUGCUGUGACACGUCCCAGCAUCCCAUCGACUUCCCUGCAGGCUGUGAGGUACGUCAGGAGGCAGGAACCUGCCAAUUCUCCCUGGUGCAAAAAUCUGACCCUCGGCUGCCCUGCAAAGGAGGAGGGCCCGACCCAGAAUGGGGCUCAGCUAACACCCCUGCUCCUGGGGCUCCUGCUCCCCACUCCAGCUAAACUCAACUGAUCACCCUUC